GUAUACCAGAAAUCUUGUGGACAACGGAAAUGGAAAGUUCAACUUGAUGAUCUUGUGCUGGGGUGAAGGGCAUGGCAGCAGCAUCCAUGAUCACACUGACUCACACUGCUUUAUGAAGAUCCUCCAGGGAAAUCUAAAGGAGACACUGUUUGGAUGGCCUGAGAAAAAGGGGAAUGGUGAAAUGACUAAGAAAUCUGAACGAGUUUUGAGGGAAAAUCACUGUGCCUACAUUAAUGACUCCAUUGGCCUGCACCGUGUGGAGAACAUAAGCCACACGGAGUCUGCUGUUAGCCUGCAUUUGUACAGCCCACCCUUCGACAGCUGUAACACCUUUGAUCAGAGGACCGGACACAAGCACAAAGUCAAGAUGACCUUCUACAGCCAGUUUGGAGAAAGGACUCCCUGUGCAACAGCGGUGCCGCAGGAGAACAACUGAGAAGCACCAGCACACAGUUGCAUAAGACCUGCUGAAUGUUUAACCAGGGACAGAAGACUUGCAUGGCUAAGGCCGACAGCCAGCUAUAUUUCUAUACCUUGUACAUAGAAGUACACUAGGACAGCUUCCAGGCCACCCACAGUUCCCCCCCGAGCAAAUGCCGGUUAUGGGACACUAAGCUAACUAGUGCCAUAAACUACUUCAGAGGUUAGAUGCCUUUUCUUAGGCUCCUGUCAGAAUUAAGUAGUUUGAUUUCUGAUUCUAACCUCUUUUUAAUUCCACUUCUGAUACCACACUGAGAAUAUCAGAAAUAGGGUUUUUAAACAUCAUCUGACACUACUUAAUAGGCCUAGGUGU